CAGCUAGUUAAGUUUACGGAAGAGCAGGAUGUUGAAACUGCACGGAGUUUGAUGGAUGGAAGGAUUUGUUGUUAUCUGUAGAGUUGUUGCGAUUGAAAUACGUGGGAAGUAAAGGAUUGAGAUAGAAAACGGAACCAAGAUGCCGUUAUUUGGGCAAAAUCCUUUCGAGCAGGAUGUCGAAAAAGUAACAAAUGAAAACAACACAACAGAGGACUGGAGCCUCAUUAUGGAUAUCUCUGACCGAGUUGGGACGACGCCUAACGGUGCAAAGGAUUGUCUCAAGGCGAUCUUGAAGCGAGUUAACCACAAGGUUCCUCAUGUGGCCAUGCAAGCAUUAACACUGCUUGGUGCUUGUGUUGCAAACAGUGGGAAAAUCUUCCAUCUAGAAAUCUGUUCCAGAGAGUUUGCCAGCGAAGUACGAAGUUUGUUGAACAAAGUGCACCCUAAAGUGAGUGAGAAGCUCAAAGCCAUGAUGGUGGAUUGGGCUGAGGAGUUCCAGAAAGAUCCACAACUCAGCCUCAUUGGUGCCACCAUCAAAUCUCUGAAGGAAGAAGGAGUGACUUUCCCCUCCUCGGGCUCAAAGUUUAUCAAGUCCAGCAGCACCACUGCCACCAACCGAGCACCUGAUGAUGAUGACGACCUUGCCAAAGCGAUUGAGUUAUCCUUGCAGGAACAAAAACAAGGAGCAGAAACUCGACCACUUUUUGUGACGGCUGACCCUCCCUUCAAUACUAACAACAUUAAAGAAACACGUAAAGUGCGUGCUCUCUACGACUUUGAAGCAGCUGAGGACAAUGAACUCACCUUUAAGGCUGGUGAGGUUGUCCUUGUCCUGGAUGACAGUGAUCCAAAUUGGUGGAAAGGAGAGAAUCAUAGAGGAGUAGGACUGUUUCCAUCUAACUUUGUCACAACCAACCUAAAUGCAGAUCCAGAACCAGUCACUCAUGUAGAAAACACUACAGUUCCUGAGGAGCCCACAGUAGAGGCUGAAGCAGAGUCAGAACCAGUGCAUAUAGACGAGGAAAAGAUGGACAGAACUUUGUAUUUACUUCAGAACACGGACCCAGCCGACCCUAAACCUGACAGCUCUGAGCUGAUCGUGUUGGAGGCUGAAUGUGCACAGAUGAAUCCACUGAUAGAUGAAAAAUUGCAGGAGAUUGACAGGAAGCACUCAGAGUUAUCGGAGCUGAACGUGAAGGUGCUAGAAGCCCUGGAGCUCUAUAAUAAGUUAAUGAAUGAAGCUCCUCUGUACUCUGCAUACUCAAAGAUGCCAACUGCCCAGGGGACUUAUCCAGCUGCUCCUCCUGCUGUAGCUAUGCAGGGUUAUCCAGGCCAACCCUCAGCAGCCUACAUACCAGGUGGCGUCCCACAAGGCUACAGUCUGGGCUCAGACCAAGCUGCCCCCCUCUGUUCUCUGCCCCCCACAAUAAACUCUACAGCCCCCAGUCAACCAGCGCAGCCUCCCUACAUCAGCAGUGGUUUGGCUGCACCGUAUAUGAACCAAGCUCCUGGCACUUACCCGCCGCAGGUGGCUAUGGACAUGUCAGCUUAUCAGAAUGCUAACCCUGGUAUGGCUCCACCCGCUUAUCCAGUUGCUCCUCCUGCCCAUCCUUCAACCCAGCCACAGCAGACAGCUUAUUACCAACAGCCCCUCCUGUAAAACUGUGCACCUCACUGUCCAUGCCAUCAGACUCUGAAAUUGCCUGAUGUUGAGGAUGUACUGCAAUAGACAUCCAGCUCAGCAGCAACUCACUACUUAACCAUUUGAUAAAUGCAAUUAAUAGGAUUUUGAAGGGUGACGUCCACAUUUUCCAUUUUAUGAACAUGUAUUUAAUUUAAAAAUCAUUCUUCUUUUCUAUGAAUAAGAAUACAAACCUGGCUUCACCAGCAUGCUGUAUUCACAACUGAGGAUUAUGACAUACAUUCAUAACCUGAGUUAAGGACAACAUAAUUUGUAGGAGAUGUUAUAGGAUUCUUUAAAUCUGGUCUGCUGGGUGGUGAUUUGGGUGGGUUUUUUUUUGGGCAGAUUGACAAUUGAGCUGUCAUAUCCUACUGUCUUUAAAUGGGUAAUUAAAGGGUCAUGAGGUCAAAAUGCUGAAAUAAAUGAAAGUGCCAUGACAUUCAGUAAUUUGGUUAAUAUCCAGGUUUACUCUAAAAGCAUGGACAGUUUAAGACGGUUUAAUACCAUUGUGUUGAUAUCAGACUGCUGUUACAUGGACAAGCCGUAGCAGUUAGGGAUCAUUACAGUAGUCGGCAGCAAUCAGAGACUCACAUGAGCAGGUUUAUAAGAUUGGCUUUGAUAUUAGCUAAAAGUGGGCACAAUGCAAUCCCUUUAUGCUUAAUUCCUGAAUUUCUGUGUAGAAGUGCUAUUUUUGUGUGAGUAAUAGUAGUAGUGCUUUCACUGUAGUUGGAUUUCUCUAAUUUAACCUCGAUAAAAUUUACUCUGCAAAGUAACAAAUCAUGGUGAUGCUGUAAAAAGAAACUAUAAAUGAUGCCUUUAUGUGUGAAACCUUUUUUGUGUGUUAGAUAUAUAGAUGUACAAUAUAUUUUGGAGGACAGCUGUAAUGCUUUGACCAAAUAAUUAUCAUUACUUAAGAGUUAUGGAGUACUUUUUGUUUCUUUAUUGCAAGACUAAUAUCAGACUGAAUAUAUUCUGAAAGAUCCUUAGUUUUUCAAAAGUAAAUUAGUUUAACAUGUCAAAAAGAAUUGAGCAAAACCAGUGUCCAAUCUGUAGUAUGAUUAUUGACAGGAGAACCAUGUUCACUUUAUUUUCGUAACCUGUCUCAAUUAAUGACUUGUGUAUAUUUCUUGUGGAAUAUUUGGCUUUUAUGUACUGCACCUACCUGUAUGAUAACAGAGGUAAUAUAGAUCAUCUAUAUUAUCUGUAUGAUAAUCCUUUACCAACAGAUGCCUUGUUCUGUCCCAUGAUGGAAGUCAAAUAAGAGAGACACAUGCAAUUUUUUGAAUUAUUUUUAGAUGCUGCUGUAUAUCUGUAAAAGCCUGUAUGUUCUAUGAGAUUUAAAUAUUGAGGCAGAUGUUCCUGUAUAAGCCUGUAUACUUCUGAUAGACUCAAUGUUUUAUAACAUAAGUCACUUUGUUUCUUCAUUUUUAAGAUUACUUUUGUAACACAGUAAAUUGUAAUAUCUUUCCAAAUAAAUUUGCCUCGUGUUCCAAA